GCCACCACCAUCAACCGCGUCACUCUUUUGCCCUCAACUAUGGAAACCACGCCCCCUCUUACCGGCACAAUCCAGCAUACUGACGCCUCCCCAGCCACCAUUGGCGGAGCUAUCGCGUCUGGUGGCCGCAGGCUUCCCCAAGUUACGCUCAACAUCCGAGACAUCGUCCCGCCGCAAGUCAACCCAAACGACAGGAGCGUGAGGCACUGCUACAUACAGCCACGCCUAGUCUACCUUCUCGGCUAUAUCAUGUCUCCGAAGAAGCUUUACGAGGGCCUUCAGAGGAGUGGCAAGGCGGAAGCAACCAUGAAAGCCACCCACGACAAGUACCUCGCCUACAUCAAGAAGCAAUGCAGGAUAACAUGGGGAAAUGGUCUGACAAAGGGGAUCUGGGACGGUGAGGAGGUUUGGCUAUUUUGGAUGGCGGAGUCGGCGCGGAAGGAGGAUAUAUACGCUGUAGAGCUUGAGGAGGUCGCAGGGUUUCGGCGACUGCUGGGCGCUGGUGCAGAUCCCGCUCUCAUUCUGUACAAACAUCCGAAGGUACGUCCUCCGGCACUGGCGCGAUCAAGUGCUACUGACAUCCCGUUUAUAGCAAUACAUCUGUUGACGAAGGGUCGCUAUACGUGAGCGGAUCGCAUGCUGUGGGCAGGGCACGUUUCGAACGGCUGACUAGUCGGCGCUUGCCGGCUUUGAGGUUUGAAUUGGGCAAGACGUCGUCAGCAAUGUUCACUGCGCCCAAUUCAUGUUUGUCUGUAGC